GGAGCCCGUGAGGCGAGCGUGAGGUUAUUGUCUGUCAGGGCUUUGUUAUCCGUCUCCAGCUUUGCUGGCCGAAGGCAAGCAAACGUCCUGGCUGCUGCAGACCGGAGCGGGGUUGCGAGCUGCCGCCGCCGCCAUGGUGUCCCCGGUCACUGUGGUGAAGAGUGAGGGACCCAAGCUCGUGCCCUUCCUCAAGGCCACCUGCGUGUAUUUUGUGCUUUGGCUGCCCUCAUCCAGCCCGUCGUGGGUCAGCGCCCUCAUCAAGUGCCUGCCCAUCUUCUGCCUCUGGCUCUUUCUUCUGGCCCAUGGACUAGGAUUUCUGCUGAGCCACCCCAGUGCCACCCGCAUCCUUGUGGGACUUGUCUUCUCUGCUGUGGGCGAUGCUUUCCUCAUCUGGCAGGACCAGGGCUACUUUGCACACGGUCUGCUGAUGUUUGCUGUGACCCACGUGCUCUAUGCCUCCGCCUUUGGUAUGCGGCCCUUGGCUCUUCGGACAGGGCUGGUGAUGGUCGUACUGUCAUGCCUUUGCUAUGGUAUCCUCUACCCAGGCCUCUCAGGUGCCUUCACCUACCUGGUGGGGAUCUAUGUGGCCAUUAUCAGCUUCAUGGGCUGGCGGGCUGUGGCAGGGUUGAGGCUGGUUGGGGCAGCCUGGCGCUGGACUGAGCUGGCAGCAAGCAGUGGGGCGCUUCUCUUUAUCAUCUCGGACCUGACCAUCGCCCUCAACAAGUUCUGCUUCCCGGUACCCUACUCACGGGCACUCAUCAUGUCCACCUACUAUGCUGCCCAGAUGCUCAUCACCCUGUCAGCUGUUGAGAGCCGGGAGCCAGUGGAAGACUACGGACUGAGCAAGGCCGACUGAUAGGCCAGAGUACCAGAGUAUAGUCAUUCCUCCCAGCGGCCAGGGCUGGGGCCCAGCACUGUGAAACCUGCAGGACCUGGAUCAGGAUGCUUGUAGUAUUAUCCUGGAGCAGCAGGUACUGCCUAGGACAUGUACAUGUUUGAGGGGAUCAGUGGGACAAGGCUCUCCAGCAAAUCUAGCUCAGUGUAUGAGCUACAGCUGAGAGCUGAAAUGAGUCAGGCUAAGGCUUCUUGCUAGAGGCAGAAGUAGAUAUUUCUCCACCUCUGCCCCAUUGGGUCUGUCUAAGACCCUCUGGGGGUGAUGGUGCUUAGCUUUUUAACUCUUCUGCUCCUAAAUUCUACCAGAUAGCAGAGUUUGACAUGUCUACUUGGUUUUUUUUUUUUUUUUUUCUGACCUGUGCAGUGUUGAGGAAGAACAAGAGAAGUUGGUAUUGAGAAGUCCUGGACUCAGGGCUGGAGGAAGUCUUCUCACACACCCCAGUGGGAAGAUUGUCUAAUU